GGUGAUGCGUUCAGUGGCGAGAUGUGCAGCGGGGAGCAGUGAGCGUCAACGCGGACAUUCAGCUGCAUAAACAGCCGAGCAGCAGGAGAAGGGGGAUCCGGCUGGUUUUGGGGGGCACCGUUUCUGCGCAUCACAGGAUUUCGGUUAAACUGUGUUUUGUUUGUUUCAGUGACUGCUCCCUCGUCGGCGCAGUGAAAGUCAAAGAUGCGCACCGCUGAACAAAGGAUAUUAGGGGAGAUAUGAUUUAAAAAUAUAAUUUAAUCCCGACGAAUCGGCGCGCUUCGUCUCUCCCGCUUGGAGCUGCCAGGACUCGGAAUUCAUGCCGAUUUCUGCCCUUUGAGCACGGCGGGCACGGGCUGAACAACCGGGCUCCUCCGGUUUGAAACCGGGAGCAGGAGGAAUCAUCUGGUCUGAUCGCGUACGAGUCCAUGUGGAUGGAGAGAGAAUACGCAAACAGGGCGAGCGGGGCUCAUUCCGAAAUGUGACAUUUUUUUUUUUUAAUCCUGUCUCCCAUUCUUACCUGACAACUGUGCAUCUGCCUUCGUUCUCAAUCGGGUUUGUUUACUUCGAUAAAGAUAUGGCGUUCCUCCCGGUCCUCCUCGUGCUGCUGCUGAAUGUUGCUCAUCGUGCCAGCAGUCAGGACUCUGAGUACUCUGAGACUCCCCCAAGAGGCUGUGGCUGGGGCCUCGUGCAUCCCUACACCCUCCUCUGCGACCUGGACUCCAUAUGGGGUGUAGCUGUCGAGUCUGUGGCUGCCGGUGGGGUGCUGGCUGCCAUCUUACUAGCCCUGGUCCUGCUGUGCCGUUUACGCCACAUCAGUGAGGCCGAGAAGCGCAGCGGCGUGGGGCCGAUCCUCCUGCUGCUCCUCGGCAUCCUUGGCUUGUUCAGCCUGAGCUUUGCUUACCUUAUCGAGCAGGAUGAGUCGUUAUGUCUGCUCCGCAGGGCCCUGUGGGGUCUCCUGUUUGCCAUCUGCUUCUCCUGUUUGCUGGUGCAGGGUGUCCGUCUGCGUAGACUGGGCCGGGAGCGUCGGAGCCCCGGUGGCUGCGCUCUCACAGGCCUGGCGCUGGGUUUGAGUGCUGUGCAGGGCAUCAUUGCCGCCGAGUGGUUACUUCUGACCGUGCUGCGGGAGGGACGAGCUGCCUGUCAGUACUUGCCUCUGGACUUCUCACUAGCCUGCAGCUACGUGCUAGCUCUCCUACUCGCCGCGCUGACCGCCGCCUCCCUGGCCCUGUGUGGGAAGACACGCCAGUGGCGCUGCAAUGCCAUCUGGCUGCUGGUGACCUGCUUGCUGUCGCUGCUGCUGUGGGUGGCCUGGGUGGGCUUUUAUCUGUACGGCAAUGCCUGGCUGGGAAGGUCCCCGGACUGGAAUGACCCGGCACUGGCCAUCGCUUUAGUGGCUCAGGGCUGGCUGCUGCUGAUCUUCCAUGCCAUUCCUGAAUCCCACAUCUGCCUGAGACCCCCGCCACAGCCCACUGCCCCGGAUUACUUUGACACCUCCCAGAACUCAACACGGAUGAGGGAGACGAGCUUUGAUGAAGACAUCCCUCUCUCUCACAGGCAGUUUGUGGAGAACCAGGGCUACGGAUACAACGACGAGAACACUGCAGGCUUGAGGAGCGGUGGUGGUGCCGGGCAACACAACAGCAACACCGGUGCCAGGCCCAGCGCUCCUUUCCGCAGCAACGUCUACCAGCCCACCGAGAUGACCAUGAUCCUGAACGGGGGAGCGGUGCCCUCUGCCCCUCCGACCUACACGGGGAGGCAGUUGUGGUGAGUGAGAGGACUGGAAAGAGGAUGUGUGGUAGAAAAUGAAGAGAAGAGGAGGAUGGAGAGGGUGAGGAGGGAGGGAUCCGGGAAGAGGGGACCGUCUGGUUGGAUUGGACUUAAAACAUGGAUGCCAACAGGGCCCCUUCACUCUGUGUACAGACUUCAACACUGACUGUGUGCCAAUCAACUAUUAUGAUGUAUGAGUGUGUGUGAGACUGAGAGAAAGUAGGGUAUGGAGGACAGAGCUAAAGCUCUCCUAGCACACAAUUCUCUAUAGAAGGGUUUAAAAAAACUCAAAGUGUGACCAGCAAGUAGCAAAACAAAGCACACGCUGACUCAGAUCUGAAAAUAUCUACAUGCGGUAUUCUUUUUCUUUUUGUCUGAUUUGCUCCCCUGAGACUGCAGCACUGUAAGCCUCCUCUGAAAACUGUGACAUCUAUCGCUUUCUCCUGCGCUCUCGCUCUUCCUGUCAGCCAGGAUGUCUUUUUUGCUGCUCAUCACAAUGCUGGCGCUCAAGUGGAAACUUUUUGGCUCUGUCCUCCAUCCCUCCACAGCGUAGGUGAAGACAAAGCACACGGGCAACUGUACCGCUUAAAAAGAAUCCAGCCUCUGUGGGUGUGUAUGAACAGUAUAUGAGAGGAAAGAGUGUGUGUCUAUUCCCUACAUCUCAGCUCUACCGCUCCAACAAACCUUCCCUCUCCAGACUGUUACCCCUCCAGCCUUUUUUCCUCCCUCUCUGUCUCUGUCUCUGGUCUGCACUUCUCUGUGAAUAUAACACAUAACUCUCAUAACCUCUCACCUUGCCUCAUCCUCCCACCUGCAUGGACACUUUGCGAAAACAGACUGUGAAACCCCCGAUGGGAAAAGAAGUUCCCAUGGACCACAGACACAACAAAAGCAGCCUGGAGCACCUGGACAGGGGGAUUACAAGCUGCAAAUGAGCUACUGUGAGAUAUACGAUGGAGCAGAGUGGACUCUGAUUGGACAAGGAGGGCGUCAGUUAUCAAGGGGGAGGCGCUAAUUCAUGAAUCUAGGUCAGACUGCUGUGCUGCUCUCCCACAUCUGCGGUGGCCACUGGCGGUUUGAAGCAGCCAGGAGAAACUGUCACUUUAUAUCAGCAGGAAACAGAGCGAGGAAAUGAAAUGGCCUCCUGUUCUUAGUUCCUCUGUCUGUUUUUAUGUGUGCGUACGUGAGUGUCUUGAUUUUAUGCGUGUCCGGAGUUGGCGGGGAAUAUUCAAAGUCAAGGUUGCUUUCUGGUGCUAAAUAUUCCUUCACACAACUUCCCAGAGAGGUACAGAGCGGCAGGGGCAACACUGAUGCAGACACAGUAGUCAACUGUGAGUGACAGACUAUAUAUAGAGCUGUGGCUGGUGAGUGGAGAUAUCUUAGAGCCUUAGAAAGAUCAGAUUUACAGUGCAAGGUAGGAGGAGGAGGAGGAGGAGAAGGGAGAAAGGCGGGGGUGGGAAGAGUUAGGAGGAAGGAGGGAGCGAGAGACGGUCCGAGGGGAGUCCAUGCGACAGCGAAAUCACUGUGACUUUCUUCAGUCAGCCUCAGAUCUGUGUGAGAAAAUGGCUCCCUGGUCUGGCUGUGCGUGUAUUUGUGCAUGAUGUGGGGGCGGCCGUGCCGCGCUGCUCUGUGUGGUUGUCGUCUCUGUCUGCUGAAGCGUCUCUCCCUCCUCCUCCUGCUCCUCUGCCUCGUCCUCCUCCCCUUCCUUCACCUCCUCGUCCUCCUGUCUCUCUCUGUGGUCAGCUAUAGCUCAAGUCCCCGUGCCAAGGACUCCUGUUUCACUGGAGUCUCCGUUUCACACCCUUUCCUUUAAACGUGACAUCAGCUCUCUCUUUCACCCGAGAAGCUGUGUACAUAGUAGUGCUGUAAAGCUUUGCUCGCUUGUUUACUUUUUUUCUUUUUUUCUUUUUUAAACUGUAGGAUGAGUUUAGACACCAGUGUCAUAUGACCCACGAGAGAACUGACUACUGCAAACUGUUCUUAUCUGGGGAUAUUUUUUUUUAACUGCUUUGCUUUGUGUUCAUACAUUUGCUUGUUGUUACAUUAUGCUUUUAUUUUUUCUCUUGCUGGUGUCUUUUAUUUUUUAAACUAGCAUUUUGGAAAUGUUUUGCCAACACUAGAUAUGCUUUUAUUUUUUGUUUAAUUAAUGUUCAAGGAAAUUAUAUGAUUUUUCAUUCAUAGGGAUUUAUGUCGUUUGUACCUCCCACGCAGUAUUUUCAAUCAAGACAGUGGUCCACUCUUUACUGUAACAGUCACAGGGAUACAAACAUAUUUAUUUUUAUUUUUUUCAGAAAAAACAAAAAUGGCUGUGAAUAAUUUUUGGCACUUCAUGCAGUAAAGAAUGACUUAUUCUGCAAUACAGUUAUAAAAAACAGAGCAGGGAGGGCAGAAUAAAUUAACUUUAAGCCCACCAAUAGUCACUCCGGUGACCCCUGGUCUAACAGCAACCCUUGACUGAGAAAAGGUAAGGGUCAAUCCUUCACUGCUGCUGUAUGUUUAUGUCUUACCCACUGGCUAUUCUAAAAUAGGACUGGUACUAGCAGGUCGGUUCCAUGCCCAAAGAGAGCUCUGUUUGGGCCGACCCCGGUCAGAAACAGGUUAAGGGCCCUGGAACCAAGAGGCGUAGGCCAUGAAGAAGAACUGUCCUCAGGGUUUUGGAUGGUCAGCAGUAAUGAGACAAAGCUAUGGACCUGAGGGGGGAGGUUUCAAUUCUUGUGAUGUUUUCACUCAAUGUGGAGUACAAAAAAAAAUAACAUGUGACUUCGUAGAUUUUGCACUUGUCGACUACCUAUCUGUGCAUGCUUAUCACCAUUUCUACAUGUAAGACCUUUCUCAGACGUACUUUUGAAUACUAACUCUAUUUAUGUAAAGGUCAUGUGACAGCAAUCAUAAUUUCAGUGUAUAUCAGAUGACACACUUAAUGUCUGUGCUUUCUUGAACACAAAAGAGAGCUGGUUCUUGAGAAUAAAGGAGAUUAAUGUCAGGGGAAAAUGGUCCAAAAUAGGAAAUAAAUGCCAACACCACUGGACCUAAUAAAAACUUCCUCUGUUAGUUUGAAGACUCGAGGGGAAAAGAAGAGAAUCUUCCGACCGAUAUCGUCUCUGUGUUAAAAAUCAAAUAAACUGUGGUGAAAUUUGCACAAAACUUCUAUAUGUCAAGUUUGUCAUCCCUGGGCAGCCCGUUUAAACACCCUUCCUCCCUGGGUUUGACAUGUCCUUGCCUGUCCUCUCCUGAUUUGUCUUGCCUUCAGACUGUUCCAGUGGGGCAGCUGACAGGGGUGAUAUUGGUUUUCACAGCUGUGACUGUGCAGUGACGCAGCAUGCCUAUGUAUAGAAAUUGAUUCCCCUGAUUAGAAAAAGAAAAAGAAAAAAAAACACAGUUAACUCUCUUGUUUCUGUAACUGAUUCAGGAAAAAAAGUUCAAUAAAAGU